ACUAUGAUGAAAAACAGUUUCUGCCACCGUUGGACGUACAGGCCCCUGAUUGUCAGUAGCGCACACGUCCAGCUUCCUCUUCAUCGAAUCGGUCUGAACCGGCGACGGCUUUGUAAACCAAGUCAAACCUGGGGGUGCCGAUUGUGUUCUGUCUGCUGAAUUGUCGCUCACAGCCUAACUGCGGAACCACGAUGCUGUCUUCGCUGUGCAUGAUGGCCGCGAUCUUUGGCUUUCCUCUGAGAGAAGCGUUCGUCCUCCAUCCCUCCCGAGAGGAGCCUGCAGGAGCCAUCUCAGACGUGCCGGUUGGCAAGGUGAACAGAUGCCAGGGGGAGUCACUUCAGGUCAUAAAGCAGAAGCUGUUGGAGGCCCUGAACCUGGAUAGGGAGCCUCAGGUUUCCAGGACUGGACUUGGCAGGUUUAGGGAGCAGUGGAAAGCGGUCUUAGGAGACACUGCCCACAGCUCACCGAAGUCUCAGGAAUUCACUGUGUUGAAUACAACCUCCACACAAGAGUCCACUGGGACCCGAGAUGAGACCAACAGUACAGGCUUGCAGUGCUGCCAGCUGGCUUCACAGAUCUUCAUAAACGAUCUUGGUUGGGAGAACUGGAUAAUCUUUCCAGAUACCUUCACCUACACCCAGUGUGCAGUCUGCGACCCCCACCUGGACCCAAAAGCUCCAAAGUGUCGAGCAAACAGCCCCCCUGAGCCAAACACCCCUUCAAAGUGCUGCCAGCCAACCUCCCAUGUGAUGGUGCCAUUCUUCUACUUGGAUGAGCUCAACACGCCAGUCAUCUCCUCUGUGGCCCUGACCAACCAAUGUGGCUGCAAACCAGGAUCAUACAUCCAGGAUGCACAGAACUGAAUAACUGCCUUCCACUAAAACUGGUUGUAUAAAAAAUCAACUCUCACACAACAUAUAAUCAGUGGUGGAAAUUCCACGGAUCAGAAACUAAAAGUCGUGCCACGUGUUUCUUCCAUUCAUGAACUCAGCCAGCUGAUUUCACUGAUUAGUUCUACCUCCUGGCUGAAGAGGUGUGCUAGUGUAGCAAAUCCAAGUGACUGGAACAAAGUACUGGGGAGGACUUUUACUUUCUGAGCCUGGAUUUCCACCUCUGGAUGUAGUAUGUAUACAGACACAAAAGGCCACACCCUUUAAUACAUGGAAGUUCUCCAUUGGGCAGGGGUGGGGGGUGGGGGUUAACUGUUUAAAGGCACAAUUCCUUUGAAAUGUAAAUAUCUUCAAAUCCACUAUCCACUUAUAAGGUGUUCAGUUUCCCUGCUUCUUGUGAUGUUUUUAUAUUUUGUAUGCCAUACUAAUAAUGAAGAGAUCAGAUGUGGCCAGAACAGAGGCCAGAGAGGUAUUUCAGAUUUGAUUAGUUAAAUGGUGAUGCAUACAUUUAACCAUUUAUUGUACAGAUGUUUCUUCCAACCUAUCUUGAAAACUUUAUUGGUGUUAGCCAUGUAUGUUGUGUUGUGUUUCCUGGGGCUUAUGUUGGCAAGGCACACCCUACGCAGGUUGUAUCUGGAUAUAAACCCCAUGUUUGUUCCAGGUCCCACAUGUUCUGUUUGUGCUAACUAGAAUGUUUGUUUACCAUAUAUUUUACCAGUGUUACCAUAUCAGAUUUUUAAAAAACCAUUUACCCACCAGUGUUUGACAAUAAAUAUACUAUUUUCUUACAUAUA